AUGCGUUUCUCCACUGCCAUUGCCGUUGCGGCACUAGCAGCUGGCUCUAGUGCUGCGAGCUGCCCUUUCUCAGAGCGUGCUGCUGGCGCCGCUGCUGCUCCGGGUUGCCCAUAUGCCAAGCGUGCUGCUGAAGCUGCCGCUGCCGCUCCUAAAGAGGCCCACGCUCCUCAGAUUUCCAAGCGAGGAGCCAUCGAGGGCAAGAAGGGUAUCUUUUACAUGAACCGUAUUGGUCCUUCUGGAUCACAGCUGUGGAUUGCCAAUGCUGAUGGUACCAACAAGACCCAGUUGAUGAGCAACCAGACCAAUGCUUUUGAUUACCACCCCUCUUGGUCACAAGAUGGCGAGUGGAUUGUCUUCACUAGUGAACGUCGUGGUGCUGGCCAGUCCGAUUUGUACCGCGUGCGGCCAGAUGGAACAGGCCUGGAGAGCCUCGCUGAUACAGACUCGGUCGAAGACGCCGGCGUCCUAUCACCAGACGGCACCCAGGUUGCCUAUGUCUCCACACAGGGUAACUACACAACCAACAUUUGGAUCAAAGACCUCAACACCGGUCUGGCACAUAACUUGACCGAUACUGCUGCCACUCGUAGCAGUGAUAUCUGGCCCUCUGGCCACUUCCGCCCCUCUUGGUCUCCGGACGGAGAGUGGAUCGCUUUCAGCUCUGAUCGUGACACUGACUGGACCGGUCACAGUGAUGGUACAGGCUGGGAGCACACCCAGAACCUAGGUCUAUAUGUGAUCAAUAAGAACGGCCAGGGUUUCCGCCGGCUAGCCUUUGAGGAUGGCUACGCACUUGGCACCCCCCAGUUCUCUGGUGACGGAAAACGUGUCAUCUACAACAAUAUCACUCGUGAGAACACCUACUAUGCUCAUGGUGUCUCAGAGGAACAAGAGUUCAUUGAAUCUCAGAUCUACAGUGUUGACUUUGCUACUGGCAAGAAUAUUGCCCCCCAAACUUCAGGCAGCUAUCCCAAGUUCGGACAGCACUACAUUGCCAACUCCAGCAACAUUGGUUACCUCAUCAAGGCCGGAAGCUACGAAGGAAUUCACUACACCAAGCCCGACUCUACCCACAAGACCUUCAAUCUAACCAACCUCCGCGACCCCUGGUGGUCACCCGACGGAUCUAAGAUCGUCUACGCCAUCCCCAACUGGACCCAACAAGCCGCUGAUCUUGAGCUAUUCAGCUACGACAGCGAUUGGGCCUACCGCUAUAUGGAUGUUUUCCCCACCCACAACUCUGUUGUGAACCGCAUCGCAAGCACCCAAAAGGUCCUCGGUAGUGCCAACGGCUCAGCCGUUUCAUCCACCCCCCUCUACGACGACAUCAUCACAGCCCUAGACUCCUACUCUAUUUACUCCACCAGCAAUGCGACCCAAGUAGAGCUCCUCACAGAGGGUGAGGCCGGUGCCUUCCAGCCAACCUGGAACCCCGAUGGAACCGAGCUUCUUGUUGGUUUCGGUGGCUGGUUUGUUGACCGUGUCGAUAUCCCCGGAACGAUUAUCCACGCCUAUGCAAAUGGCAGCUCGUUCACCACCUUGACAAACAACUCUGUCAAUUCUGGCUUCCCCUCCUGGUCGCCUGAUGGAUCUGCUUAUGUCUACCGUUUAUGGAAUAUGGAAACUGCUGCGCCGGAGGGCCUGCAGAUCCACAACUUUACUACUGGUGUGACUCACAGUUUGACCAAGGGUUGGGAUAACACACCAGGCUGGUCGCCAGAUGGUGAGAGAAUUGUCUUCACUCGCAACAAUAACUGGACUGAGUCGUAUGGAUCUCGCUGGUAUGCGGAUCGCUUUGACAUCUAUACCAUCCGCCCUGAUGGUACUGAUUUGAACCGUGUGACUGACAGUCUGGCCAAUGAUGCACACGCUGUUUGGUCUCACGAUGGCCGUAUCAUGUGGAGCACUGGUAUGUAUGGCUUCAAGGAUGAGAGCUCGCUCUUCGACAACACCUUCCAGCCGUACGGUCAGAUUAUGGUGAUGAAUUAUGAUGGUACCAACAAGACCCUGCUUACUGAUACUAUUUGGGAGGAUUCCAUGCCCCUUUAUAUCCCUAAUGAGUAUCUUGAGUAG